CGGCCACCGCCGCUCGUCGGGUGCGCCUUGGUGCUGCUCGCACCUUUCGAGAGGCGGAAACUGGAGACCGAGUUUGUUCCACGGUUUCUGGAGUCGUCGCCCAAUGUUGUCGUCCCAUCGAGCAGCCCAUUGGCAGAGCCAAGGAUCGAAUCGUGUUCCUACUACACGUGCUUCGACGUCUACAGGUGUGGACACAGGCACGACCAGGUCACGGUGUACGUCUAUCCAAUAUUCAACUAUGUUGAUGAACAUGGAAAGGAACUCGGUCAUCAGGCCUCCAGAGAGUUCAUGGAACUCUUGGAAGCCAUCCAGCAGUCUAGGUUCUACACCUCCGAUCCUUCAAAGGCCUGCCUAUUCAUUUCAUCACUGGACACUCUGAAUCAAGAGGGUCUGAACCUGAACGCCAUAUCGCAGAUACUCAACUCUCUACCAUACUGGGACAACGGCACCAACCACCUGCUCUUCAACAUGCUGCCUGGAAUGUUGCCAAGCUAUGCGACCUCACUGGAGGUGAACACCGGUCAAGCCAUGGUGGCCGGCGGCGGCUUUGACUCGUGGACCUUCCGCAGAUCCCACGAUAUCAGCAUUCCGGUGUUCAACCCGGCAAGAUAUGAACUCGACCCGUCGCUCGCAAGAAGGUCCGACCGGCCAUGGUUGCUAAUAUCGGCUCAGCCAGGGAUUCACUUCGAGUUUCGCACCGUGGUGGCUUCAUUGGCCAAGGCGCACCACGACGUGCUGAAUCUCGCCGGCUGUAGUCGCGCCUGGGACAGCAGGUUACGUUGUCGCGGCAGCCGGCACUACAAGUACCCGGACAUCCUAACGGAGGGCAAGUUCUGCCUGGUCGUCCGUGCGGCCAGGCUUGGCCAGAUGGCGCUGUCCGAUGCGCUCUCGGCCGGAUGCAUUCCUGUGGUGGUUGCGGACGAGUAUGUGCUGCCCUUCUCGGAGGUGCUCGACUGGAAAAGAGCUGCCGUACGGAUUCGCGAAGACGAGCUAGAAGAUGUCAUCGGGAUUCUGAAGGGAUUUUCAGAAGCUCGGGUGUCGGAGAUGAGGUCCCAAGUGUUGCUGAUCUGGGAGCGAUACUUCAGAAGCAUGGAACGGAUUGCUAUGACGACACUGGAGAUCAUCAACGAUCGCCUGUUUCCGCAUGUCGGCAAAAGUUACGAAGAUUGGAACGACUUGCCGCCUGGGCUUGUGCUGCCGGCACCUUUUGCGAUACCAUUCGUGGCCCCGCGGAGCCGUGGCUUCACUGCGGUGGUGCUGACCUACGACCGGCUGAACAGCCUGUUCAAGGUCGUCCAGCAGUUGGCCCAGGUGCCCAGCCUGGUCAAGGUCGUCGUGGUCUGGAACAACCAACGAAAGUCGCCACCUCCUGCAUCUUCCUGGCCGAAACUGAGCAAGCCGCUGAAGGUGAUCCGGACGAAGGCCAAUAAACUGAGCAACCGCUUCUACCCGUACAAGGACAUCGAGACGGAAGCCGUGCUCGCCAUUGAUGACGACAUCCUGAUGCUCACCUCCGACGAACUGGAAUUCGGAUUCGAGGUCUGGAGAGAGUUCCCAGACCGAAUAGUUGGUUUCCCGUCCCGGGUUCAUCUCUGGGACAACACGACUUCCCUCUGGAAGUAUGAGUCAGAGUGGACGAAUGACAUUUCCAUGGUGCUCACCGGUGCAGCGUUUUACCACAAGCAUUACAGCCACGAGUACUUCGACCGGCUUCCCGCCAACAUACGACACUGGGUCGACGACCGCAUGAACUGCGAGGACAUCGCCAUGAACUUCCUUGUCGCCAACAUCACGGGCAAGGCUCCGAUCAAGGUCGCGCCCCGCAAGAAGUUCAAGUGCCCCGAGUGCGCACGGCUCGACAACCUGUCCAACGACCUGCAACACAUGGCGGCCCGCUCCGAGUGCGUCAACGUCUUCGCAAGGGCCUUUGGCGGGAUGCCGCUGAAGACUGUUGAAUUUAGGGCCGACCCCGUGCUCUUCAAGGACAACUUUCCCGAGAAGUUGAAAAGGUUCUCCAACCUGGGAAGCCUAUAAGGCAGAGUGUGGUGGCUCUACCUUACAAAGGUUAGCUAUGGACGACAGCGUAGAGCAUCUAUAGAUAUCUCUAGACGAUGUCCGUUGAAGUCUAUCAAGUUUCCAGGAAGACUUUCCCUGAAAAGCUGGAAAGGUUUUCUCGUGCGGGCAUCCUGUAGGGUAUUGUGAGGCGGGACGUCCUUGCAAAGGUGCUUUGGGCAGUGCAGAGCGUCUAUAGGUGUCUAUAGACAAUGUUGAGCGGAGUGUAUCUCUAGUUCAGUGUGGGCUCUGCGCUCUUCGGGGUAGACUUUUCAGAGAAGCUGAAAAGAUUCUCCUACUUGGGCAUUCCGUGAGGCAGUGUGUGAUGUCACUCCCUUACGAAGGUUUGUUUGUAUGGUGUAGUAUGUCUAUAGAUGAAGUUCAAAGAAGUAUAUCAAACACAGGGCCAGUUUGGUGCUAUUCAAGAACGAGUUUUCCGAGAAGCUGAACAGGUUCUGUAGCUCGGGGCAGCCUCUAAGGGAGCAUUUGCUGCCACCCCUUUGCAAAAGUUUGUUUGGGCAUUCUGUAGAAUGUCUAUAGACAAAUUCUAGUGAUCUCAUUGAUUAUUUGGGGACAGCUCCCGUGCUCUUUAAGGUCAACUUCACCGGAGGUGUUGUUCCAAUUCGAGCGGUCUGUAACUCGGUGCGUGAUACCACAGGCUUGCAAUUACGUUGUGGAAAAUCUGUAAAUGGUAUAUUUACACUAGACUUUAUAAAAGGUUUAGUGUUGAUCCGAUGCUUUUCAUAGAACCAUUCAAAAAAAGUGUGAGAGGUGUUCAAACUUUGAACAGAUUGUAGCUGUGUUCAAUGACACUGACUUAUAGGAACGCUUAGACAGUCUGCCCAUAAUCUGAGACUUCUUUUAGCAAAGUCUAUAAACGUGUAGAUAAUGUUGUUUACAUCUGAGCUAACAAUAUACUACUGCAGACUAUCUGAAAAUGUGUCCAGAACAUGUAUAGACUAUGACCAGGCCAUAGGAAACUUACCUGAUACCUUUAGUCAUAAAAGUUCACAGGUAUUGCACUUAAAAAAUUAUAAGUUUGCAGAAAGGCAAGAUUGUCUACGGGAAAGCAGUGAUGCAUGUGUGCUCUUUCAAAAUGCACAGGCACUUAAAUCAUGAAAGCAUAGUCAGAGGCAAUAAAACGACCUGGUCACUCGUAACAGGCUAUCUAGCUUUUUGUUCUUCUGACAAUAAUAGCAUAAUGUGGUAGGGACACUAACGAGCAGAAUAACUUUUUGCGUGUUAGGAAAGUACAAUUUCACAAUCCUCAAAACGCAACUCUUACCAGUGAGGCAACGCUUGAUAAGCAAGAAGACAUGCAAAAAGAAAAUGUGGGUGGAGACACCACUUGCGGAUUCCCGCACCAAGCGCCAUGAUGUCAUUAAUUUGGAAUGCAUCUACUGGAUUCUACUUAGCUUCUGAUCAAUAGAACUGAAGUACAUUGUGGAUGCCAUAGAGCUAGCACACGGAGUUUCAGAAAAUGUCAUUGAGCCAGUGUCGCAGGAAUACGGAAAAUACAUUUUGAAAUUUACGAUGUUGCGCGAGAAAAUUUAGGUGGAAAAUAUAAAAUGAAACUUCAACCUUGAUUUUCGCUGCUAAUAAUGAACUUAUGAUAGUGAAACAUAUGACAGAGUUCUCAAAGUGCAGUUUGUCAGUCUAAACCAAGUCAUUGUUUCCCUUCAGUGUCCCUUUAAAUCUAAAAGUAGUCUAUGGGUUUUUCUCUGAAUUCACAUUUGUAAAAGUUGGCACGUGACUUAAGAUUGAAAGCAGUACAGUGACUCACUGGACUCUUAAAAUAUUCCAGCCCUACUUACGACAAUGACAGUUGACCCUCUUGGACGCUACCUGUUACAAAGCGGCAAGCUGUAAUCGUAGACUACCACUAGAGUCAGUUGGCAUGAUGAGUUGUCAUUGUCAUCUGUUAAACGAAAUCCACGAAACCAGAUACAGCUACUGGCUGCUGUGUUGUGCAGUGCAGUGCACCCACUUGGUGAAACGGUUCGCUUGGUUACCCUCGUUCCUGUUACUCUGUGCACUUUUUUCUCGCAGCAGUACACAGUUCAUUCUGAAGAACAAGGUGCUGUGAUAAGCGAAAGGUAUUUCACCAAUGUAACUGCAAUAUGAGGAUGUCACUGGCACAGGCAGCUCAAUGCGAUUCGGGCAGCUUGCCUGCCCCGAUAUAUUGACUGUCUCGAUCCCGUACUUUCAUAUUGCGCAUUCUCAGCUAUGCACCAAUCUGCAAACUAUGCGCGUAAGCAUAGUUGGCAGAUGAGUGUCGUAGUUAAUUAUGUGAUUAGUGCUCAUGUACCUAACCUAUAAUGAACCUGGACUUGUGUCUGUCAUCAGCUAGCAGCCAGCUAUACUUUGCGAGCAGCUAAGUUUCCGUAUAACACGUCCCCCAUCACGGUAUGCGGCCGAAAAUACUAUUAAGCUUUGUGGUGUGACCACCAGGUGGCUGCAGUCUCCCAGUUCGGUUUAAUCUAGUGGGUUGCCUUGUGACUCUUGGAACGUCCAUCCCUGACAGCACUGACCUUCAAUAGUGCACAGCUGCAAAACCUUGAAAGCAAUCGUAGUUAUAAAAAUAACUGUCAUUUCUGUGAUAAUCACUAGUUUCUGUAGUUAUCACUCUUAGCUUUGCCGACGGGACUUACUGUGUUCAUUAAUUAUUGUUCUGUUUUUCAAUUUUCCAAGGCUAUCAACAGGCAAUAGGUGGUUGUCUUGACCGGUGAUGAAAUGCUUGGAGCAGUCCUCUGUGUGCUCAACUCAACGAAACUUUCUAGUUUAUUUUCGUGUAGAUGUUGAGUUGAGGGAAAGUUAGAUGUGAGCGUAGUUUUUGCAAAUCGCAACGAACGAAAGCUCGGAACUGUGGACGGCCAUUUGCGAAAUGGCAUGAAUCACUUUCAGUAAUUAAACAAGUGUGACGCUAUUUCUCGACUUGGCGGCUUUAUGAUCCAUUGCGAAUACUCCCAUCAAGUUACACGGUUUAUGAGCUUAUGUGAAGCUCUGCUGAAGUGAAGAGUGUACUUAAACGCACAUUACAUGUCCUUGAGCGCAGGUUUGUUGUUAACGACAUCUCAUUGACUGCACUUUAUCUAUCUUGUGUAGGUCAAUGAAACACCAUUUUAUUAACUGAUACACGGACAAAAAUAUUUUUCAGCUGUCCCAACUAACUGUACAUCGCAUUAUUUCAGACGAAGUUCAGUAAGCCAGUCAAAGAAAUGAAGUGUUUAGAAUAAACUAGAGUCUCUGGUUUUAGCAAAGUAGACUUUGCAGCCAUUUUUAUGAAAGCAAUAUCUAACAUUAACAAAGAUGUAUUUGUCACAUUCAAGAAAAUACGCAAGGCACUUUAUUCUUAUCGUUGCACGAAAACUUGUAAUGCUGUCUUUUGAGUACUUUGCUCUAAUAUAUCUGGUAUGGGUCUGAUGUAAAUGGCAUUUUACAAAGAGAUGUGUGAAUGGAUGUUGAGUGAUAGCUCGAUGACACCUGUUUAAUCAUUAUUGCAGUAUUAUGCAGGAGAGUUACCUGACCAGCAUUUAGGCGUUCUGUGACGUCUAACGUCUUGUGUUGUCAUCAUUGCUACUAGUAAGCACCUGUUUUGUAAUUAUCACCUCGUAUAUUCUUUCCCAAGUCUAUAUUAGCUUGUUGAGUCUAUCACCACUACUUACUGCAUCAGUACUGUUUACUGAAUCAGCAUCUUCAUGCAACAUUAUUUUUGCAUUAAAAGUCAACAUGAUUGUAGCAAUUUGUCAUAUUUUGGUGACACAUCUACUGUGCUAUCAGGACUCAAUUCAUGAUGAAAAAAUUUCCUUUUCGCAUGCGUUGAACGACUUUGAAUUGCCAUUUCGCUGCUUUAAUUUCUGUGUCAUUCGAGCAAUCGGCUGCACUCUCAUGCCAACGCAAUGCUGCCUGUAAGUCUGUGCUUCUUUGCGAAAAAAAAAAAAAAUGCAUGCAAGUUCACAUUUUUGGCAGCUUCUGUUAAUUUCUCUGAAGUGUUCAUGCUGUAUAUGUUAAAUGCAUUUUUUGUCCUAUUAGUUGAUUUUUGCAUUACACGUGAUGUUUAGGAAUGUUUAUUUUGCAUUUGUGAUCAGCCUGUGGUCACUCCGCGAGCUUGCUCUGCAGUCUACAGAAUAGAACAGCAGCGUUAUUUCUAUGAAUGAAUAUCGUUACCUCACCAUAGACGAAGGAAGUGCGUAGUCUUAUUUUAUAAUUAAAAAGACAACAAAACAUGAUAGUAUGCAAAGAGGCAAGUGCUAGUUGGUGAACUGUGUUUAAAGUAGGUUUUCGAAGUGUGUUCAUUCUAUUACUCAUGCUAAACACUUGCUAGCAUGCAACUUAUUUCAUGCUUGUAGCUAAAGUUCGUUAUUCGUUUGUCAUAUUGGUUAGUUACAUUGCUUUUAUAACCUCACAGCUACUCACUAGCACAAUCGCGCGCAUUGGUUAAGCAUACGAGGCAUGCACUUCACAGAUCUGAGCUGCGAGCUAACGAGCAACCAUUCACAGUUGUCUCGUCGGAACAUAUCAUAAUAAAGCAAAUAAAACUAUUUUUCUUCUGAAAUGAGCUAAUUAGGUAUACCAGUGAGUGUGAGAAACAAAAGGUUAUCUUCAAUUUUGUAAUGAAAUACAUAUCUCUGAUCAAAUCUUGACAGCAAUUUUUUUAAUGUGAAUGAUCCUGUUUCCUUAAGAAAGCACAGUGAAGGAGGCGAUUUGCUCGAAGACAUGGGCUUGCUUAUGCGGCUGUCGAGCAUGUCAUUAAGUGUUUAAAAGAAGCAUUCCAAAACAUUUUGAAAACAUUACAGUCAUGUCAAACUCAUGUGUUGAUCCGUCUUAUAUAUUGAAACGCCAUUACUUUUGUCUUAUAAUGUAUCCAAUUGUUUUUGGCAAGUGUCAUGUAUGCAAUGAACAAUCUCAGUACUAGCGAAAGUACCUUUUCUCUACAGCUCUAUGUACUUGUAGAACAUUGUUAUAAAAAGUAAUAUUCGUAACAUUGUUUUCAUGCUAAGUAUUCACUUUGCACGUGAAACUUAACGAGUCAGACGUCCUUUACCUGUUCUGCAUUACAGUAGUAUAGUAAUCAGCUUUUCGGUGACAUAUAUAUAUAUGCGGAUGGAAUGUGCAAUACACAAAAAAAACGGUUGACUGAAUGUUGUUACACUAUGUUCCUUUCUUUGUGCAUUCCAUUUAGUGGAACAAAUUGUUUUGCCUUCUGUACUUUGCAUUUGAAUUAAGCAAUGUUUUUUAUUUGUUAUGAAGCUAAGUUUCAGUGCUUGUCUGUGAACUAGAGAUUUUGUGUAUCGAAAUAAGUUGAACAUUGUUAUAACUAAUUUAGUUGGAGGUAAAAAUACCUUUCCUAUUAAGUGUUUGCUGUAAGCGUAUGUGUCAAUAUCAUAAGGGAUAAAAAUGCAGUGGGACUUAUGCAAAAAAAGAAAAGUGCGAUUCCUCUCUCACCCAAAUUUUGAUGACCCAUCAAGCUGAUGCAUGGCCUGUGAUGCAUGGCCUGUGAAUUAGACAUGAUCAUUGAUACACAGCUGCACAAUCUAUAUGAUCGUGAUUAUAUUUAUAGAAUAUGUAUGAUAAUGAAAUUGGCAUAUUAACUAGUGGACCAGCAAUGCUAAUUAACUGGUCAGGAUGUACAAAUACACCCUGAAUAUCCAUAUUAGCAUCAAAUGUUGAUGCAGAGUUUUCUGGUGCAACAUUCCAAGUGUUGCUACAAUGUUAUGGCAAUAAUGCAAACCACAAGUUAUGCUGUUUUCACAUGUUCUCGCCAAGUAUUUGUCAUUUUUUAUUUUAGAACAUGUAUUUUGAGCUGCAAGCACACCAAUAUUGUCUUUGUACUUGCAUUUCGCUUCAUAGGUCGAAUACUCUGUAAACUAAAGUAUGGCCAACUAAACUUCCUAUUGACUUGGUUACGCAAGUUUAUUUGCUACGUCCAUGCUAUGUUAUGUCAGAUUGCAUUCUCUCUUUUGCAUUGUAUGUCAUAUUAUUACGAACUACUGAGACUUCAUGUGCGUAUGAAUGAUGAUAAAAUUUAAUGUGCAGAUAUUAGCCUAGGUGUUGUUGCUUUGGGAAAUCCUGCCCUAUCAACACAUAUCACCUGGUGUGUAUAUAACGAAUACGACAUUUCAAUGCUGUGCAAUACGGUUGUUAUAGUGACGACGAAACAAUGCUGCCAAGAUUGUCAACAAGCUCUGUAUACAACACACCAAACAAAGUGCUAUGAAGUUGUUGCGAUGUUCACCAAUAAAAACCGAGCAUUCUUUUUUGUUUCACAA